AUAUAUCUAAGCUUGGCUAGGAAACAAGAGAUCUUAUUUCUACGGCGGUUGUCGAGUCAAACUGACACGACUAGUUUCGAUCCAGACAACCAACCAUGUUCGCCUCUUUCAAUAUAAUGCUGGUGGGAGCAUUGAUGCUUCUGAAUACAGCAAAUAGCCAGUCGAACCUGCCAACUCAGAUGGCUGCUGGAAAUCUUCAAGGAAUGCGGCCGGGCCAAACGUUUACGGUAAAUGGGCACGUCAUAGGCUUGACCCAAUCUCACGAACACGAUGAUGUUUCGAUGGAAGUUAUCGGACGUGUCGCAAAUGCUCAGAAUGUUCAAGCGACACCGGGCCAGCAAAGACCGUCCGUUCAUCCUGCCCAGCAAGGUGUCCUAUUUUCACGCCAUUCCAACGAACGUCACGACUUGUCGCUAGAGGACCUGAUUGGCCGCAAUGCCAACCGACAGCACGUUCAAGCAGCUCAUCAAAGGCCGGCGGUCGUUCCAGCCGGGCAAGGUGUCCGUUUCUCCGACGAUUCUAUCGAACGUCACGACCUGUCGCUGGAAGACGUGAUUGGCCGGCAUUCCAACCGUCACCGCGUCCAAACUCAACCGGCUGUCCUCGCAGUCCCGCAAAGUGGGCGUCGCUUCCGGGACUCUGACGAGCAUCGCGAUUUGUCGCUGGAGGACCUUGUUGGCCGCGUUCCUAAUCGCCAACACGUGCAGAACAAUCAAGGGGCAACUCAGCAAGGUGUCCGCCUCUUCCGAGAUUCCGACGAACAUGACGACGUCUCGUACGAAGUCGAUUUCAGCCUCCUUCCGCAAUUGCUUAGCCUUCUCAAACCGGCCGUCCAAAGCACAACGCCAUUGGCACCGAGCCAGGGCCAGCGUCUUGGCCAGCAAGUGAACCAACAUUACGACGAACGUCACGAAGUCUCCCUGGAGUUUAACGAGAUCUUGGCCAAUCCAACGUUCCAGCAAAAGAUCCAAGAAAUCGACGACCGUCUGAAAAGGGCUCCCGGACCCAGAGGCAAACGUUUGAUGGAGAAAUACGCCACGGCCCUUGCCGUCUAUUCCACUCCAUCCGGCGAAAGCUCGAGCCCGUCCGUGAAUUCUUCGUACUUCCUUCCGUUUUUCAUUGCCUGCUUUUGGGCGUGGUUCUUAUAGCCUUUUCGUUUAUCAAGGGAUAACGAAAUUCUUUUGGCUUCCAAUGUUAUACAGUCGGUUCGUUCUUA